AUGAGCUUAGAAAUGGAUUGCGAAAAUCAAAUAAUAGAGUACACAAACUAGAAGAACUUUUAGAAUAAUGUUUAGCUAAUACAAAAAGUGAAGAAGAGACUUUGCGAAAAAUAGUAUUAAGCUACUUUGGGCAUAGGAAGUUUAUUUUAUGCAUUCAUAGGAUUUAUUUUUAAAGUAUCCAACAAUGAUAUGGAUGAUUGGAAUAUACCUAACUAUCUCUUUUAUACAGUGCUUGGUUAUUACUUAAUUUACUGCUUCUACAUAAUUGAUUAGUAUUUGGUCAUAUCUUCAGUUUAUGAUGAAAUAUCCAAAUAAAAUGUUGUUUCUUUCUCUAUCACCAUAGAAGUAAGCCUUAAGGAUGAGUUUAAGAAGCAAAACUUCAAUAGAAACUUGCUAGAUAAGAUUUCCUUCAAGAAUACCAAACUCCAUGUAUUUGGGUUUAUAUUAUUUCUCCUCCAUUUAUUCUAUGUUAUACUCUGCUUACAAAAUGACACUCAAGCAUUUAUAUUUUUGCUCAUUAUUUUUACAGGCUAUUACAUCAACAUUGCAGUAUACUUUGUUGUAUUUAUUAGAAACACAUUCAAAUUUGUUAAAAAACAACUUAAAAAAUAACAUAUUUAACCAAAAACUGAACAUUUAACUGAAGAAACUUGUUGUAUUUGUUUAGCUUAAUUUUAAGAAAAUGACAGUAUUUAAUAAUAUAGCUGCUGCAGUAAUCUCUUCCACUAAGAAUGCAUAGAAAGCUGGAAAUAAGUUAAAAAUUCCUGCCCUCUUUGUAGAUGCCUUAUAUGA